AUGGAACGCAAGGUACCAUCAUUACCCUCGAUUUCUACGUUGCCCGUUGGCAGCCCGAGGACCGCAGCAGUUGAACCAAGCAUGAUGCUGCCCCCGCCAGAGCCAGCAGUGGGCCAGCGGCAGCUCCAACUAUCGACGAUUGGGGCAAGAAACGAGACUCCGAAUUCGGUUACCAUUGCCGUGCGGCCCGUCGUAACGCCACAGAAAUCCAUGGUGACAAUUUCUCCCGCCCCACCGCUAUGGUUCCGAACACCGGGGAACCGUCCGUCGCAGGUGAUCGAUAACUGUGACACGGCGGGAAUAACGCUCCGCGGCGGCGGCACCAUAACCCGUGGCCAGGAGCACGGAGGAUUGCAAUCGACGGUGGUUUCGGUGAAAACUCCCCAGGGCGAAACGCAAGAAGUUGCUAUCAAGGAGCUGCUCUCGCAGCAGAUUGUCAUAGGUCGUAAGGACCUAGCAGCGCCGCUGCCGCCGGGGGUUACUGUGCAGGGCGAGCAGCAACAACAGCGGAAUCAACCGGUGCUCGGAAUAUACAACAGUUUGAAAUCCCAGAUCGAAACCGGAUGCAGGGUGCAGAUCGGCAGCACUGACAUAAUGUCUCUGCCAAAUCCACAGCUUACUACUCAAACGACGAUUGUUAAGCCACAGGCACUAGGCGUGACACCGCUUCUGUCACCGGCUGCUGGACAAAUCAGUAAUACGGUGCUUGUGCCUGUAAUUACACCGCAGCCAACGCCUGCUCAAACUGCUACCACCACAAAUGCUUCGACGCCAAAAGUUUAUCGUAGUGCUAGACCAAAACAACGGGCCGCAGAAACGAUAAAUAAGACAUUCGCACCGACGGCCGCGCUUGUUGCCGCGAUCCCAAAGGUAGAGCAUUGUGACGGUUCCGAGGUGUUCGUCUCUGGAGGAGGAGCACAAACUGUAUCACCUAACUCCAUUGCGUCGGUAAUCCAAACACAUAUAUUUCCCUUCGGUACCACUAUCAAGGUAAAAUCGCUAACGGCCGCUGAUAAGUUGCCACCAGCGUCGUCAGCGCCGCAGGUGAGAUCUGCAAGUACUGCGACGCUCGUUGCUGGCAGCGUGCCUUUGCCGAGCGACAGUUCAUUGAACACGCAGCAAGCGCAAGACCGCCCGGUACAGCCCCCAAUGUCAACGGUGUCGACGACUCCUGCAAAGACGGGCAAUCCUACCAUCGUUCUCACUCAGGAGCCUACCAGCAACACCUUGGUCAACAAGCUGAUGGUAACAAAGGGAGCGACGACGGCAGCAGCGAUUAGUCCUGCGGUACCGCCACUGUACGUUCCCGCAAACGUGGAUAGCAGCCUGUUGAAGGGUCCACUAGCUCCACUGCCUCCUAGUGAAGCAACAGGCGACAUUAAAGGAUUCCAGCGAAUUCCCAUCAUCUUACAGCAAUCGCCACAGCGGUCUAACUUUGGCGUUCCAUUUCCUCCUGUACCGAAAUUGACACCGUUUAACAGAAAAGCGACAGUUCCGACUAACGUUGCGCCACCGGAGAAAAGAUUUCUCCGAGAAACAGAAAUGUCCUCCAAUAGUGGCGCUACUACCAGUGCCAGCAUCAACGGCACCAUGAUCGUCGAACGAACCGUGGGAAUAGUUGAGGCAAAUAGUGUUUCCACUAAUACUCAAGGCGACUGUGUGCAACAACACACAACUGAAGAAAAAGACGUUGAUGGUAAUGCACAACACUCAACUGAAGAAAAAGACGUUGAUGGUAAUGCCCCCGCUGAAGAGGUCAACGAUGAGGCGAUGAGGGAUCCACUCAGUGCGGAUGUUGUUAAAGAUGAGAACGAAAUGCGACAACCUUUCUUCGAAAUGCUCGAUAGUUUAUUCGUAACGGAAACAACAGGCAAACCUUCGAGUACAAACCUUCCAUUUGAUGGCGAAAAACGGGUCGCAGAUGCCCUGGUCACCGCCACGGUCAGCCUUGAUGAAGAACCGAGAACUUCAGGCAAUCCGAAAGGCUCACGCCUAUUGAAGCGUGCCUUUUCGGUGCAGCAUCAAACCGAUUUACAACAAACAUCUACCACGGCCAGCUGUACUGGCCCGCGGCCCGCGAUGAAUCGUCGAUUGUCAGAGUAUCCUAAAGAACAACAGGUUAUAAUUUCUAUGAAGGAAAAAUGGAAUAAAUCGUUUAUUAUCAACGAUGAUAUCAAGCAGAGGGACGUGAUAGAACCAGUUGACGGAAUGCAGGACGACAGAACGGCAAACGACGUAGGUGAUGACAACCUGGCCACUCCGCCAGAAGCCUGUCCAAUUCAACCGGAUUUGUCGUUGCGAUGUCUUGAAACCAUCGACCAAUCGGAUGCUUCGGAGGAAAAACGAGCGUUACGAAAAAAGGGUCGUCAUACGAAAAAGAGCGAUGAAAAUCGCGCUCCGGGAAUCAAACGGACCGUGUCUACUUCAUCGGAAAGCACUACCACCACGGGCGUGCUGUUCACCGGACGUCGCAAUUUUCCCGUGGCUGAGAAGAAAACACAAGAAGCGAAUACGAUGAAACGAGCACGCACGUCAUCGGCGACAGUAGGCAAAGUUAGUAGAGGAAAAUUGGGCCGCUUCAUGAAACCCGCCAGCCCAUCCGAAUCGUCGUUCAGUGUUCAAGACGAUAAGGAAUUCAGGGAAGAUGUGGAUACUACCACAGUUUCGGAUCAUCUACGGUGGUACGACGGGAUCGGUUAUCUUGCCCACAGUACGCUCCACUUUGAGUUCAAUCACUUUGGGCUGGUGGUUCCGAUGGCACCAGCAGACUACGAACGUCACUGCAUCACCGAUGUUUACCGCUCGUUGCAGCAACCAUUGUCCGAACGGUCAAGAACAGCCCCACCAGCUUCAGGAGCACCGCGGGCUUCGGAAUACAACUACCGGUGUACACAGUGUCGCGCGAGGGGUAACGCAGUCGAUUUCGUUACACCUACUUUUUGCAGUAUAGCGUGUGUAGAAAUGACCAAAAACAAAGUGCUACUCAAGUAUAUCAAAGACUCGACGCACGCCUACAGCACCCGGGGGGGAGUCGCAGAACAUGGGUCGUGUAAGAUUCCUGAUGGCGGCGGAGAUGGAGCGAUGACACAUCAGGAUAAAAAGGCGCAGGCUACACCAGCUACGGUUGUCAACACAUCAACAACAAGCGAUGAAGACUCGAUGAGUUCGCUCAGCUCCAAUUCGAACGUGUUCCAAAAGCGUCCGAAGGGUAACCAACGUUCAUUGCUUCCAUCCCCACCAUCUACUCCUUCGACUGCCGAUAGCAGUAGUAGUAUCAGUAGCCACAGCAACAGUGGCAAGAGCAUCGGUCCCUGCGUUAAGCAAACGGCCGAAUUUAACUGGGAAAAGUACCUAACGGAGGUUAAGGGAGGUGAAGCGGCACCCGUACAAUUGUUUGUUGGACAGCGGGCGCCACUACCGGACGAUAUUACGGCGUCCACCACGCGCAUCGUCAAUCCGUUCGUACAGGGCAUGAAGUUGGAGGCGAUUGAUCCAGAAAACAAUUCUUUGUUCUGCGUGUGCUCCGUUAAGACGGUGCGUGGCUAUCGGAUGAAGUUACACUUCGAUGGCUAUACGGAGGAUUAUGAUUUCUGGGUUAACGCCGAUUCGGUGGACAUCUUUCCGCCCGAUUGGUGCCGAACUACCGAACGCCCACUUCAGCCACCCUACGGUAUAAAGAGCGCAUCGUUCCACUGGAAAGACUAUCUUCGCUCGACGAAAGGGAUCGUUCCGAAGAAAGAGUGGUUCCGGCAUCUGACUGAGAAGCCAAUAAAAAAUCAGUUCGCAGUCGGAAUGUCACUCGAAGCAGAUGAUCUGCGUAAGUCGGGCAAGGUGUGUGUGGCGACGGUUACCGACAUAAUCAAUAAUCGCAUCCUGGUUCACUUCGAUGGAUGGGACGAGCGGUACGAUUACUGGGUGAACAUAACAUCGCCAUACAUCCAUCCCGUAUGCUGGCAUCGGGAGAACAACGAGAAGAUUACGCCCCCACCAGAUUUUUGUCGUCAAUUUGAAUGGGGUCGGUACUUGCGGCUGAAAGGAAGUCAAGCGAAAGUGAAUCUGCCAGCCAGCCGUCAUCUGUUCAAAACUCGGAAACCGAUCGGCUUUAAGGUAGGCCAUCGCCUAGAGGUUGUAGAUCGUGCGCAGGAAAGAUUGAUACGACCUGCAACAGUUAUCGCCAUCGAUGGCUUUGAGAUUAAGGUGUGCUUCGACGGGUGGCCUAUUACAUAUGCUUUUUGGAUCGAGGAUGACAGUCCCAACAUCCACCCCGUCAACUGGUGCUCUUGGACGAAUCAUCCUUUGGAACCACCUCCAAACUACAACGUUCAACAACGCGUCACACCGAAUGGGGCUAGUUCGUGCAGUAUUGGAUUUUGUCAGGGAAAAGGGAACUCCAAAUUUCCCCGCAAAUUGGUACACGAUUCUUCUCUGGAGUGUCCGUACAGAAUGAGCAACUGGACCAACGAGGGGCGUAAGAAGUUGCGCAUAAACAACGAUGAAGUACAAAAAUUUAUCCAUAAAGGCGUUUCGGUCAAACCCGAGAUACAGUCGUCCACUGGUGGAACCCGAAGUGAAUCGAACAAAUUCAAACCCAUCAACAUCAACACAACUUUUAAAAGAGUAUCGUCAUCACGGCCGUCACCGAUGGUGGGUGAUGUUGAAGACGCGGUUCCAGACGAACAAAAAAUAGCAGAGCAGCCCGUAAAGCGAAUCAAAAUCGAACCAAAAGAAGACGAGAACGAAUUUUCGUCCGCCGAACCAAUAAUAACACCAUCUUCAACAACAUUAUCACUGGCACAUACAAAUCGCGGUCCAAUGGAAUCGAAGAGAAGUCUUCUAAAAAAGAAUGCUGCUUCAGCAAUGGUAUGUUCUACGGAAACUCCCGUCACCAGCCGUCUUAGUUCUUCAGUACAACGCCAGCACCAACAGCAACAAGCGUCUGAGGCAAAACCAAACAAAUACGAUCCCCUGCAAAUAGCGCUUCCCGUAAUUGACGGCUACGGUCCGAGGUUGCUGCAAGCUUACGAAAUAUGGAAGAAGCAUUCACGCUUCCUCGACCAGUGUACCGACCACAACGGCGAGUCGCAAAAAAAUCCACUCCACUGGACGGUCGACGAAACAGCACGAUACAUCGAGAAGCUGCCUGGUUGUACCGAGUGUGCGAUGAAGAUGCGGCUCCAGGAGAUCAACGGUAAGUCGUUCCUCAGCUUUACGCAGAACGAUCUGAUGCAGUACAUGGGCUUCAAGGUUGGUCCGGCGAUCAAGAUCUACAACCGCAUCAUUCACCUGCGCCAGUUAGUGACGAGUAAGUUCGUACAACUCUAGGCAUUGAAGAGUCCGCAUGAGAAGGGCUGUCAGGCCUUUUGUCCCCCGUAGAGAGGAAGUAAAUCAUCUUCGUAUUAGAUCAAUUUUUAUUUUUAUUUAAGAAUUAACAACAAUUAAAGAAAGAGUGAAACGCCAGUGACAGGAAGUCGCUCUUUCAUUAUUUCUUUUAUAAAUUAUAUUGUAUAAAUAAAAUGCGAGAAACAAGCAAUGUUCAGAACGAACAAAAACAUAUUUUCAUUGUUACCUCAGCAGUGAGGAACGGAUACGUAAAAAAAUGCGGAUGAUUGUAAUCAGUCAA